AUGGACCAGUACAGCCUUGGAGACGAGGGUGCCCUCCCGUCAGAAAUGCACCUCCCUUCAUUUUCAGAGAGCCAAGGGCUCAACUGCAGUGACACCCUCAACCGGGAUCUGGGUCCCAACACGCGAGACCUGCUCUAUGCUGGCCUGAGUGGUUUGGACCCGGACCCCAACCUCCCAACGCCUGACAUGUCCAGCGAGGUGCUGGAGGACAACUUAGACACCCUAUCCCUGUACUCAGGAAAGGACAGUGAUUCUGUGAAGCUGCUGGAGGAGUAUGCAGAUUCGGAGUCUCAGGCAUCCUUACAAGACCUGGGGCUAGGUGUGCUUAAGGCUAAAGAGGCUGACGAAGGAGGAAGGGCCACCUCGGGGAGUGCCAGGAAAGGAAAGCGGCAGCACAGUUCCCCUCAAAACCCACUUCUGGACUGCAGCCUGUGCGGGAAGGUUUUCAGCAGCGCCAGUUCUCUCAGCAAGCACUACCUGACGCACAGCCAGGAAAGGAAGCACGUCUGCAAAAUCUGCAGCAAGGCCUUUAAGCGCCAGGACCACCUGACCGGGCACAUGCUCACCCACCAGAAGACAAAGCCGUUCGUGUGCAUGGAGCAGGGCUGCAGCAAGAGCUACUGCGACUACCGAUCUCUGCGCCGCCACUACGAAGUCCAGCACGGCCUGUGCAUCCUGAAGGAAGCGCCCCCGGAGGAAGAGGCCUGCGGGGACUCCCCCCACGCCCACGAGUCGGCCGGCCAGCCUCCCUCUAGCAGCCUGCGGUCUCUGGUGCCCCCGGAGGCCAGGUCCCCCGGCUCCCUCCUGCCCCACCGGGACCUCCUGCGCCGCAUCGUGAGCAGCAUCGUCCACCAGAAGACCCCUUCUCCUGGCCCGGCCCCAGCGGGGGCUUCAGACAGCGAAGGGAGGAACACGGCCUGUCCCUGCCCCGCGUCAUCGGGGUCCUCCUCCUGCACCCCAGCCGGUCCCCCCGCGGCCCCAACAGCGCUGUGUGACACCAAGCUUCCCGAGGAGCCUCGUCUCUCACAGAAAGAGUCGGCCACUGACGUGUUCACAGCCCCUAAUUCCAGGGCCGCCGAGAAUGGCGCCUCCGACCCGCCAGAGCCUGAGCCAGAUCCCGCGCUGCUCCAGGCCCGGUCCACCGCGGAGGGCUGGCCCGAGGGCGGCUCCGUGCCCGCCUGCCUGCCUCUCUUCCGAGGCCAGACGGUCCCUGCCAGUUCCCAGCCAUCAAGCCACAGCUUCCAGUGGCUCCGGAACCUGCCGGGCUGCCCCAAAAGCAAAGGAAAGAACGUGUUUGUUGUCCACAAGCCCCCGGCCAUGCCGUCGCGGGAGGGCUCCGAGUCUGGCCCAGGACCCAGCAGCGCUGCCCCCUUGGAGGAGUCCCCGCCCGGCCCCGGGGGCGGCCUGGAGGACGCGCUGCCCUUCCCUCCCGCGCUCCUCGGGGAGGCCGUGAGCGACCCCAGGUCGGCCAGCGGAGAAGAUGACCCCUGCGCCCCCAGGAAGGGCAAGCUCGACUGCGACUCCUUCCUGUGCCAGAACCCCAGGGAGCCCGGCCUCCAGGAGGCCCAGAAGUCUGGGGGGCUCCCUGCGGAUGCCUCGCCACUCUUCCGCCAGCUCUUCCUCAAGUCGCAGGAGCCUCUUGUGAGCCACGAACAGAUGCAGGUGUUCCAGAUGAUCACCAAGUCCCAGCGGAUCUUCUCCCACGCCCAGGUGUCCGCAGCCUCCUCCCAGCUCCCGGCACCUGAAGGCAAGCCAGCCGCCCUGAGGCCGCUGCAAGGGCCAUGGCCGCAGCAGCUUCCCCCACUGGCUCCUGCUGUGGACUCUCUCAAUGCUAGCCCUGGAAACCCCGAGGCAGACGGCUCCCCAGCCCGCAGGAGAAAAACCAUCCCCGGGGUUUCCAGAGAGGCCUCCCCCGGCAGCACGAGAGGAGACGCAAAGGGGGGACUGAAAGUGGCCGCGGUUCCAACGCCCCUUGCAGCGCUGUCUCUGGACCCUUCCAGGAAUCCAGACAUCUCUUCUCUGGCCAAGCAGUUGCGAUCCUCUAAAGGGACCUUGGACCUGGGGGACAUCUUCCCCUCCACAGGCCAACGGCAGACCCAGUUAGGUGGGGAGGAGCCGCCGGGAGCCUCGCUGCCCGGGAAGCAGGCCCCAGCUGAGAAUGGCAGGGCUUCAGGGACCACGAAAGGUGAAAGGGGCCCACCCUGCUCCCGGGGUGGAGGCUACCGGCUCUUGGGCAACCCCAGGGCCCCGCGAUUCUCCGGCUUCCGGAAAGAAAAGGCGAAGAUGGAUAUGUGCUGUGCGGCUUCUCCGAGCCAGGUAGCCAUGGCCUCCUUCUCCUCGGCCGGGCCCCCGGCAGAUCCCUCCAAGUCCAAGCUGACAAUAUUCAGCAGAAUCCAGGGUGGAAACAUCUACAGGCUCCCUCAUCCAGUGAAGGAAGAGAACGUGGCAGGCGGAGGUAACCAGCAAAAUGGCGGUCCCACAGACUGGAUGGAGCCCAGGAGCACUUUCAUCUGCAAGAACUGCAGUCAGAUGUUUUAUACGGAGAAAGGGCUGAGCAGCCACAUGUGUUUUCACAGCGACCAGUGGCCGUCACCUCGAGGGAAGCAGGAACUGCAGGUGUUUGGCACAGAGUUUUGCAAGCCGCUAAGACAGGUGCUGAGGCCAGAAGGGGACAGGCAUAGUCCCCCAGGAGCUAAGAAGCCCUUGGACUCCACAGCUGCAGCCCCUUUGGUGGUCCCCCAUUCGAUCCCCGUGGUUCCAGUGACCCGACACGUAGGGAGCAUGGCCAUGGAACAAGAGAAAGACGGGGAGGAGCGAGACAGCAAGGAGAGCAGCCAGCAGAGAAAGCGGAAGAAGCGGCCCCCACCCAAGGGGCUGUUCAUCCCUCCUCCACCCUCCACGGCUGGGGAGCCCAGCCCUGCAGGAUGCCACCAGAGUCGCCUGCGGUCGCCCAUGUUCCUGGUGGACCGCCUCCUGAAGGGCUUAUUCCAGUGCUCCCCCUACACACCGCCCCCAAUGCUCAGUCCCAUCCGGGAGGGCUCUGGAGUGUACUUCAACACCCUCUGUUCCACGUCCACUCAGGCCAGCCCUGACCAGCUCAUCAGCUCCAUGCUCGAUCAAGUGGAUGGGUCUUUUGGCAUCUGUGUGGUGAAGGAUGACACCAAGAUCAGCAUUGAGCCACAUAUCAAUAUAGGAAGCCGGUUUCAGGCAGAGAUCCCAGAACUUCAGGAGAGAUCCCUGGCUGGAAUUGACGAGCAUGUGGCUUCUCUGGUCUGGAAGCCAUGGGGAGAUAUGAUGAUCAACCCAGAGACACAGGAUAGAGUGACUGAGCUCUGCAACGUGGCGUGCUCCAGCGUGAUGCCAGGAGGGGGCACCAACCUGGAGCUCGCUCUGCACUGCCUGCACGAGGCUCAGGGCAACAUUCAGGUCGCCCUGGAGACUCUCCUGCUCCGAGGGCCCCACAAGCCACCGACACACCUGCUCGCUGACUAUCGCUACACAGGUUCAGACGUCUGGACUCCUAUAGAGAAGAGGCUUUUUAAGAAGGCGUUCUAUGCCCACAAGAAGGACUUCUACUUGAUACACAAGACGAUCCAGACAAAGACGGUAGCUCAGUGCGUUGAGUAUUAUUACAUCUGGAAAAAAAUGAUCAAGUUUGACUGUGGCCGAACCCCAGGGCUAGAAAAGAGGGUCAAGAGAGAGCCGGAGGAGGUGGAAAGGACAGAGGAAAAGGUCCCAUGCAGCCCUCGGGAGAGACCCAGCCACCAUCCAAUUCCUGAGUUAAAGAUAAAAACCAAGAGUUAUAGGAGGGAGUCCAUCCUCAGCUCCAGCCCAAAUGCAGGCCCCAAGCGGACCCCCGAGCCGUCGGGAAGCGUGGAAAGCCAGGGCAUUUUUCCAUGCAGAGAGUGUGAAAGGGUGUUUGACAAGAUCAAGAGUCGAAAUGCCCACAUGAAGCGGCACCGCCUUCAGGACCACGUGGAGCCCAUCGUCAGGGUGAAGUGGCCAGUGAAGCCCUUCCAGCUGAAGGAAGAGGAGCUGGGAGCUGACAUCGGCCCCCUGCAGUGGUGAUUCCCGUGGCAGGAAGUCCAAAUGGGGCCUCCGGUGCUGCCCCUCCUCCCUUCGGCCUCUCCAGGGUGUUUGGGGUACCCCUCUGCUUCCCCCCACCCUCCCCAUCCCCCGUUGGCCAACCGGCCUGCAAACGUGGUGGGCAUUUGGCCACAGAUAGGCAGGAGGAGCUCAGUUGUUGGACAGCUAUGCAGUCCCUGUCCAGUGGCGCUGGAGGCUCUACUCUCCUUAGGUUCAUAGUCUCUCCCCUUCUUUCCCUUCCACUUCUAUAGCAGGAAGGCUUGGGGAGGGGAAAAGUUAGCUCUGGGUAGCUCUUAAAUCUUAGCCUCCGUUGUGGGGUUUGGUUUCAUGUGUUAGAUAAGGCCAAGACGUAGAGAAUCAGUGGGAAAAAACCUUGAGAUCUCCAACACACUGGGCCCCUCCCCAGGGCGGGGACUCUGCCUUCCAGAUUCAGUCCCUAGUCUUGCGAUGAAUUCUGCAUUGUUCCGUGUUUUUUGUACGUGUCAACUCGUAAAUCUGAUUAAAUUGGGUUCUUGA